UAUUGAAAUUUAUCAAUUGCUAAGGGCAGACGUAUUUUACCGACUGAAGAACAAAUGUGACGAUAACAUUUGACCUGGAUUGCCUCUAUUGCCGUCGAAAUUUUUACAAAAUAAAAUUUUUUGUUGAUAAUUAGAUGUUAGCAAUGUCAGCUAAAGUUUAUCAAACCGAUCAUGAGUUGGAGACGCGGGUGAAAAAAGCAACUGAAAGGGUAUCUGAGAACAUGCAUAUAGUUGCUAACGAGCCAUCGUUAGCAUUCUAUCGGUUACAGGAACACGUUAGAAAAGCAUUACCCCCCAUGGUGGAAAAACGUGUCGAGGUACUUGCACUUCAACGACAAUUGCAAGGGCGUUGUUACGACGUUGAAUAUGCUGUCAGCGCUGUAAAAACAAUGCAAGAUGCUGAAAAAAGUUUUGGUAAUACGAUAGAAUUCAUCAAGAACGCCAUACACUUCAAGCAGCAGUUGAAAUUUGAGGAGCAGAGGAGAAAUAAAAAGGAUGGACAGAGGGAUUCUAUGUACAAGAGAUUGUCUGCACACAUUCCUACACUCGAUCAACUACCCCACUUUUCCGAUGAAAUAUCGGAUGUUGUUAGAGAGACUGCAAACCGUGUGGAAUCACUGGUGAAUCAUGCCAGGCAUUCCAAUGAACUACAGAGAGCUAAUACUACGCACAAUUAACAUUAAGUCAAUUAUUUUGAUGUGCAUAUUUGUUUUUUGUGAAAAUAACCGAUAAUGGAGGGAAAACCAUGGGACUAUCAGAUUCCGUGUAACAUUAUGCAUGAGAAAUGGCUUUAAAAAUUAGUUCACAUGUUACGAUGAGGCGAUCGGAGAUUUACUUCAUUGUUUUUAAAAACUCCAAAGAAUUUAUUUAUAGACAAUCAUCCAUGUCUCGACUGUUUUUAUUUCUCUCUGAUGAGGUCGUGAAUACCUUGAAUUUUUUCAAUGCAGACAGUAAUUAGCAGGUGAUUCAACAAGUAUUUUAUUGUAGUAUAAUAAAUUAAUAGCGAAUAAAUCGAAAUAUUAUAUUA